GGAAGUGGCGCAAUCGCUGUUGCUACCCAGCGUCCCCCCUCACCCCUCCCGGUAGGUCAGCUGACCGUCGGCUGGUCUGGUGACUGUCAAACACCCCCCGAGCACCGCGACCCGGACACCGACUCGGGUCUCUGCGUACCCCCGUUUACCGGAGCUCCUGACAACGGACUGGUUCCUCUGACGUCCCCCCCCCACCCGCCCCCUCACUCUCCGCUGCUGCCAGCCGGAGGCCGGAUCAUUAGCCGAGCUCGUCGCACUCGGACUCGCACGCUAUCCGCUCCCCCCGCUCGGUGCCACCCAGAGGCCGGAGCCCCUCGCCUCGCUGCCAUGGUUCUGCUGGACCUCGCCCUGCAGGGUCUGUCCGUGUUCGGGUUCAUCCUGUUCCUGGUUCUGUGGCUGAUGCACUUCAUGUCCAUCAUCUACGUGCGUCUCCACCUUCACAAGAAAAGGUCGGAGGUCAAACAGCCGUUUGGGCAGCUGGCAGGAGUUUCUUUGCUGAAGCCGCUGAAAGGUGUCGACCCAAACCUGAUCUCCAACCUGGAGACGUUUUUUACACUGGAUUACCCCAAGUACGAGAUACUGCUGUGCAUUCAGGAUCAAGAUGAUCCAGCCGUUGACGUUUGUAAAAAGUUGUUGGGCAAAUAUCCCAACGUAGACGCUCGAUUAUUCAUUGGGGGAAAGAAAGUUGGAAUCAACCCCAAGAUCAACAACCUGAUGCCAGGCUAUGAAGGAGCCAAAUACGGCCUCGUGUGGAUCUGUGACAGCGGCAUCAGAGUGAAACCCGACACCCUGACAGACAUGACCAAUCAGAUGACAGAGAAGGUGGGAUUGGUCCAUGGGUUACCGUAUGUUGCCGAUCGACAAGGAUUUGCCGCCACACUGGAGCAGGUGUAUUUUGGGACGUCCCACCCUCGCUCCUACAUCUCGGCUAACGUGACGGGCAUAAAGUGCGUGACGGGGAUGUCGUGUCUGAUGAGGAAGGACGUGUUGGAUCAAGCCGGCGGAUUGGUCGCCUUCGCUCAGUACAUCGCCGAAGAUUACUUCAUGGCUAAAGCCAUCGCUGACCGAGGCUGGAAGUUCUCCAUGGCAACACAGGUGGCGAUGCAGAAUUCUGGGUCGUACUCCAUUGGCCAGUUCCAGUCCCGAAUGAUCAGGUGGACGAAGUUGAGGAUCAAUAUGCUUCCCGGCACGGUGCUGGAACCCGUCUCCGAGUGCUUCCUGGCCAGCCUCAUCAUUGGCUGGGCUGCUCAUUACAUGUUGAGGUGGGACAUGAUGGUCUUCUUCAUGUGUCACUGUCUCGCCUGGUUUAUUUCGGACUACAUCCAACUGACUGGCGUUCAGGGCGGCCCGCUGUGCUUCUCCAAGCUGGACUUCGCGGUGGCGUGGUUCAUCCGGGAGUCGAUGGCCGUGCAGAUCUUCCUCUCGGCGCUGUGGGACCCGACCAUCAGCUGGAGGACCGGCCGCUACCGGCUGCGCUGCGGCGGCACCGCCGAGGAGAUCCUUGACGUCUAGUGAACACGGCUACUUCCACCCCUUCUUCCUGAGGAGGAGGAGGAGGAGGAGGAGGACGAGGACGAGGACGACAGAAAGCAGAAAGAGACUGAAUAUUUUUUUUUUUUAUGAGAGAAAAUGAAGUGUGUGUGUGUGUGUGUGCGUGUAUGUGUGUGUGUGUGUGUCUGCGCGUGCAUUUUUAACUAUUUAUGUUUUUUUUUGGUGCUAAAACUAAAUGAUGCCAGAACAAGCCAAUGAGAGCGCAGGAUGGAGGUAACAAAAAAAAGAAAAAAAGAAAUGUGAGGGAGUGAUGCAUUGCACUGAAUUGUCUGAUCUUUGAUCAGAGAAAACAAAUCAACCAAUCUGGAGAGAGGAGGAAGAAUUCCGUCUCCUUUUUUGGCUUUUUAGCGUUAUUUAAGUUUUUUUAUGGAAGCUAAAAUCAUUAGAACUGAAUACGAAACAAUGACGUUUCAUCACGACUGAAUACUUUGUGUUUUAAAUGCAACAGAAUUUACAGUAUUGACAUAUUUAUUUUGACAGUUUGUGUCUCUAACAUUUCCCUAAAUUCAAACUGAUGGUUUUUCAAACUAAAAUACGUCUGUUCUAUAAAGGAAGUUGUGUUUACAAGUAUUCAGUGGUCGUUGAAAUCAACGUUUAGAGUUCAUUCACAAGUUAUUUGCUUUCAGGAUCUUUGCAAUGAAAAAUAAAUUAAAAAUAAUUAAAGAUUUUUGGCCAAGUAAACAAAACUACAAGGCAAAAGAGCCUAAAAUAAUUAAAGUCUGAUUAUUCGUUUGUAUCCUAAAAAAUAAAUUUGAGACGUUUUCUUUUAUUAAAACGUAUCAAGCGGAGUAACAAUAAUCAAUCAAUAUUAAAAUCAGAAAACAUACACAAAUAUAAAUAACAGCAAGAAGUGUCAAUAUGAAAAUAUUGAUUUGUGCAGCUUUAAAAAAAAAAAGAAGAAGAUACAAUCAGCCAAUGAGGCGCGAGAAUGAAGUCGUUGACUUUUGUCUUAAGAAGAAAACAAACAAAAACAAGUUUGAUUUUACAGGAGGAGAUAAAAACUAAAACCUUUUUUUUAUCUCGGUCUUCGGUUUCUCAUAAUUACAAAAUGUUUAUUAAUUAUAAAACAAAAGUACAACAUCUUUAUUUUCGUAUUCUACGAAGUCGUCACAACGGAGCCUUUUGUUAAAAUUAAAAUAUCUUUAUUUGGUUGUUAAUGAGUUUCACGAGUAUAAACUUAUUUUAAAUGACUUCAUGUUGUUCUUGUGAGAAUUUCUUUUCAUAGUUUCAAAAUGUGUUGUUACUUUUUUUGUGAAGAAAAAAUCAUAAUUGAUUAAAAAAAAUAAGUAGUUCUUAAAGCAGUAAAAUCUGAAUAAUUACUCAUAAUUAAGAGAUCCUAACUGACAAUGUCUUAACUUAUUAUCUUUUAAUUCUUCUGAAUGUUGAGUUGCCACAGAAAACAAAAAACAUCGGUCAAAGAGAUCAUAAGAUUUUUAUUGAUUUGUGAAUCAAAUUAGUUUUCUAUUUUUUCUAUAUAUAUAUAUAUUUUUUGGUUAUGUUUUCAUCCCUCCCCCAACAACAAAAAAAGACUUUAACGCAGUUCAGCACUGAAUGAAUUCCAGUAUUCUGACUUCACGGCCGCGACAUUUCAACGGAUUCAAGAAAACAUUGAAUAAAAAAAAAAAAACAGGACCAAAUCAAAAUAAAUCUAAAAAAUCCACAUUUCUGAACUUUGUUUUGCAGAGUCUAAACACUGUGUGUGUGUGUGUGUGUGUGUGUUCGAGGUGUUUUUUUAAGCUGUGAGGCUGUGACGCUUCACUGUUAGCUGUUAGCGUAGCCACGGGGGGUGGGGGGGGGUUUGGUUGAUGACAUCAGCUACGAGUCGGACAAACCUUGGUCGCCGUCGUCCAAUAGGAUCGUUAGGAUUCUUAUUUGUUUAUUGUUGUUUUUUUUGGUUGUUUUUUUAUGACAAUUAUCUGAUUAGUCUGCGAACCGACCAAUCACAGUGAAGGAUUGUGUCACCACAGGAACAAUAAAGUUUUAUCCUUUCAAAGCUGAA